UUCAAUAUCAACAACAAUUUUCUCGUGAUUUUGGCAUUCUGCGUAUUGAACUUCAACUUCUGGAUAUAAAUCGAAUUCUGAUUUAACUGUUACGUGUUCAGUUUUUAAUUGUGUCAUGAUUGAAUUUAUCAAUUUAAUAAAAUAACUAUUUACAUCUAUAUUUUUGACUGCUUUUUUGAGUUUUUGACGUAUAAUCAUGCCACAGAUAGUCAUAGAUCGAAUAAUGAAAAGGUGCAACAGAAUCAGGCUGGCCAAUCAAUGAAUAUAUUUAAAACAAAUUUUAGGCCUCUCCAAACGGGAUAAUGAAAUCGACCGAUUUGAUCAGAACAUAAAUUGUCGGCAAUCUCCUUUUUAAUCAGCAAUUUUACAUUUAUGGUGAUUUUUGAGCGCUCUAAAUGAAAAAAAUGCCCCCAAACGCGAAUACUAGCAUCAGAAAUAAAUAUUCUUGCGUCCGCACCACCAUUUUAUCGAUAAUAUCGGUCUUAAUCGAUCCCGGUAUUGGAAGCCUUAGAACAUACGCAACGCAAGGGACAAAAUUAAAAAGGACAUACAAUGAUAGCGCUUUCUCUGCUACUCCUACUGAAAGAUACGUAAGACUAUCCCGUUCAGUUAUUCGGCUGCCUGAUCCAGUUACACUAGAUUCAUGUUCAUAAGAUAUUGGCUAAGUAUGAGCACCGAAUUUAAUCGAUCGAGCAAACGCCACAAUGUAUUGAAAAUUGCAUGCGAUUAUGCUAGAAUACUCUGGCACAAUGAUAAUUGAACACGUAAUUAAAGUAAACUAUUUCUCGGACCCAUAUCGGAGUCAAAGACUGGAGGGUAGAGAAGGCCAUCACAAACUCUUUGUUGAAAUAAACUAUAUUCUCUAUCUCAACUGACGUUAAACAGAAGAAAAGUCAACAUAGUUGACAGUUUUCAUUUUAAAUGCAUUGUGUUCAUAAAUUUUUACUGUUAUCGAAACAUUUUAGUCUAUUUUAAUGUCUUCCGUGUUUAGAGGUCAGCUGUUGAAAAGCCUCGUUGUGUUUGGAUCGCAGUAUAGACGGCUGUCCACCAAGCAAGGAUGUCCAAGAGCGAAAACCAUCUUGCUAUCAACGUUAGGCGUAAUCGGGGCCGGUGCAGGGGCGCUCCUAUACGCUCUCGAGAACGCGUACGUGGAGGCCUCUUACGCGGACCUGGCUCACGCCCAUCACCAGCCGUGGACCCACGAUGGAUGGACUAAGUCGCUAGACCACGCCAGCAUCCGGCGCGGAUAUGAGGUGUAUAAACAGAUAUGCAAAGCAUGCCACUCGUGCCAAUACAUAGCGUUCCGCAACCUGGUGGGCGUGUCGCACACCGAGGAGCAGGCUAAGGCGGAGGCAGCUGAAGUGAUGGUGAGAGACGGGCCUGAUGAAACCGGCGAGUUCUUCGAGAGGCCAGGCCGUCUUUCCGACUACUUCCCAAGCCCAUAUCCGAACGAGAACGCUGCACGCUACGCUAACAACGGCUCCUACCCACCAGACCUUUCUCUUAUAGUUCUGGGCAGACACGGCGGUGAAGACUACGUUUUUUCGCUGCUCACAGGAUACGUUCCGGCGCCCGCCGGCGUGGCUCUUCGCGACGGCCAGCACUAUAACCCCUACUUCAUGGGCGGAGCCAUUGCUAUGGGACAGUUACUCACGGACGACGCCAUUGAAUACUCAGACGGGACUUGCGCGACGGCGGCGCAGAUGGCCAAGGACGUGGCCACGUUCCUGCGCUGGACCUCCGAGCCGGAGCUGGACCAACGCCGGCUGAUGUCCAUCAGGCUCUGCCUCUGGUUCACCAUGGCCACGGCGCUCAUGUGGUUCAUGAACAGACAUAAGUGGAUAUCCAUGAAAUCAAGGAAACUGGCUUACAAGCCGGUCUCCAAAUGAAGCGAAAUUCAUGUUUUUGGAUUAUGUGAUAUUGCUAUAACUUAAUAUAUCUAGUACCUAUUUAUGUAUAGGAUACAAUUAUGCGUAUACAAAUGUGCAAGUUGCGGAAUGUUUCCAGAAAGUUGGAAAAGUUCUAGGAAAUUUCGGGAAAAAUUCACAGGAAGCAAAGGAAGCUUUCAUUUUAGAAAUUGAAUAUUCCAAUUUCCAUACAACAAUAUGAGAUUCCGAAAUUUUUCCAAGUGGAAAUUUCGCAAUUUUGGGUACGUUCAAAUAGCACAUCGGUAAUAAUAGGUCCAGGAUGACUCGAGAAUGUAAGUUUCCACUCUGGAUCUGGAAAUAGACAAUUUUGUUCUCCAUACAACUAUUACAAAUUACCGUCAUUAUUCCAUGUGGGAAUUUCACAGUUUUAAGUUAACGACAUCUGGUAAAUGUUUAGUAUUAGAAAUGCCGUUUACCAAUAAUACCAAAGAGAAUGUGAAAUAGAGGUUCAUUGUCAACGAAAACUUUGUAGCCACGUAAAUUUACUGCUAUCUUUCGACGCAUGAUUAAAACUUUUAGAACGCCAUUUGACUUAAAUCCUUAUUCUUUCACUUAUAUUAAAAAGUGGCGCCAUCUUAUCGGACACAACCUAAAGGUUAUGGCGCCAUCGCUCGAAACGAUACUGCCAUACCUUUGGCCUUUGAUCAAUUAGAUGGUGCCACUUUUUGAUAUUUAACAAAUUUAACACAUGUCAGUAAAAUAAUAAGAAUCAAAGUCAAAUGGCGUUCUAAAAGUUUUAAUCAUGUGUCGAAAGAUAGCAGUAAAUUUACUGUAACUACAAAAUUUUCUUUGACAAUCCGCCUCUAUUUCAAAUUCUCUUAUUUAAUUCAGAAUCGUAAAGCUGUAACCGCGUUUAGUAGUCUGACUGCACAAAGAACCAAAUUUUUUAUAUCCUAGUUAAGGAAGCCAGUUACGACGUCUGAAUUAAGCAAGACGUGUCAAGCGUUUAAAGGGCCAAUUACAUCCAGACUUCCCGAUAUCGAGCCUGAUAAUCGUUUUCCGUUUCAGGGAAUAUCAGCACAUCGUUAAGAAUAUUUGAAAUGUAAAAAAAAUGUUUAUAUGCAAAAAAUAUCAAACGUUGUACAUUUUCGGCAAUUAGAAAUAAAGUGAAAUAUUGUAAAAGAUUUGCUGAUAUUUGGUGAAACGGAAAAAUACUCUUACUCGGGCCCGACUUCGGGACUGACAUCAGGCCUGAUUUAGUGUCGAUGUAAUUGGCCCGUAAGGGCCAAACCAGCGGAUCUAUAAGCUUUAGUAGGCAGGCGUACCGGACCGCGACCUUGGUGUGAUCCGCUUAUUAGGGCUUAUUUACACUUAUCCUGCCUUCGAACGGCGAACGAUCGGCCGCGACGUCGGCCACGAUAUCGUUUUCCGUUUCGCGAAAUUUUAGCACAUCUUUUACAAUAUUUCUUGAUGUCGAAAAAUAGUUUAACUGCAAAAAUAUCAAACAUUAAACAUUUUUGUAAAUUGGAAACAAAGUAUUUUUACAUGUUAAAUCAUAGAUCUAGGAUAUUUUCUAUAGUUCUAUACGCGUGCACCUGUGAGGGACAGAACAUACGCAAUGCGUCAACAUUAAAAACACUUUAAUAUUCCUGACAACGUACCAAAAACAACCUACGUAAUUUGGUCGGGUUAUUUGUUACCACCGUGGUCCAUACUAAAUUUACGGUGGGGAAUAAAAAAUGUAAGACUGUGACAAGCACAAAAAAUAAUAACGCUUUCUCUGCUACUCCUACUGAAAGUUCCAUAAGAGCAUCCCGUUCGGUCAUCUCCCAGCUAUACCUUUUCAGCUCUAUACUUAUUGUACCUCUAUAUGUUAAAUAUUGUUAAUGAUGUUCUUAUAUUUCGUGAAACGGAAAACUAUCAUGCUCGGGCGCGACGUCGUUGCCAACGUUGGCCACGAUCGUAAGGCCCGACGGCAGGAUAAGUGUAAUAAGCCCUUUUCCCGCUCUCACUUAUUGCUGCGUCGUUAACGGACGGACGUAUGGCGGACCACCUUUCACUCGUGGUCCGGUACGCCCGCCUAUUAUCUUAUAAUAGGGAUUCUGGAUGUCUAUCUCUGGAUUUUGUAUAGAGAUCAUAACUAAAUAAUAUAUAUAUAUAAUGUAGAUAUUCAGAAUAUAAUUUAAUUAUUCAGAUUAAUUGCUGUUUAACACGAAUAUAUCUGAUAAAUUGUGUAAUUUUAUAUCGUAUGUUCAUUGCUUCCAUUAUUAUAUUAAAUGGGUGGGUUUCUUUCAUUGGAAACAUUUGUGAUUGCUCUAUAAAUAAAUUAGAUUGACUUUGUAA